AUGCCUCAAUUAGUAAAAGAGCUAUCAUUUCAACGAUUUCUUGAUUCAUUAAAAUUAACACCAAAACAUCGUCUAGUUGAAUUUGGAGAUAUAUGGGUGGAAAUCUUUCUUUGGUGCUUUAUGACAUCCAUAGUUGUACAUUUAAUUGCUACAGUAGUUGCUAUUAUAUCAUUGAGAAGUCAUAAAAUUGGACGAUGGUAUGCAGUACUUAUUGCUUUAGCUGGAAUCAUUACACCAAUUGUUCCAUCAGCUCUUACUAGUGCACUUCUUUCAGCUAUAUUCUAUGCUGCAUCAGUGGAAAUAAAACCAUUUUUUUGUUUUAUACUUGGUGUUGGACAAACUGGUGUCAUAUUAUUCUUUUCUUUUCUCAAAAUUUUAUCAACAUUAUAA